AUUUGUCCUUUUUAUUCCAAACGAACGGGGCCGGACAAGAUAGGGUCGCGCGGUGGAGUUGGCCUUACCGGUUCCGACGCCCUAUCGCCCUCUCGUAGCCCUCGUAUAUAGCCCACUCUCUCCAGAUCUUGCUCGUCUCCCCGGGUCCCGCCUCGCCGUCGGUAACGAUGAACCGCCACCGCCGUGGCAUCUUCGACGGCCUUCCGAUUCCGGCCGACAAAUCUUACCUUAAGGAAGGGCUGUCGCGGAUCGACGAGGGAUGGGCCGCGGCGCGGUUCGACUCGCUGCCGCACGUCGUGCACAUCCUCACCUCGAAGGACCGCGAUGGCGAGAUCCAGUUCCUCAAGGAGCAGAGCGACCUCAUCGAGGACGUCGUUGACGAGGUCGUCCACGCGUACCACCAUGGUUUCAACAAGGCCAUCCAGAACUACUCCCAGAUCCUGCGGCUGUUCAGCGAAUCCGCCGAGAGCAUCACCGGCCUCAAGGGGGAGAUGGCAGAGGCCAAAAAGCUGCUUGGGAGGAAGAAUCAGCACCUUGGGCAGCUAUGGUACAGGUCCCUCACGCUGCGCCACGUGAUCUCCCUGCUGGAUCAGGUUGAGGAUGUUGCCAAGGUUCCUGCUCGGAUUGAGAACUUGAUGGCAGAGAAGCAGCUAUACGCCGCAGUGCAGUUGCAUGUUCAGUCAAUGCUGAUGCUAGAGCGGGAAGGCCUUCAAGCGGUAGGUGCUCUUCAAGAUGUUCGAUCUGAUCUAACAAAGCUGCGUGGUGCACUGUUCUACAAAAUUUUGGAGGAGCUGCAUUGCCACCUAUACAACAAUGGUGAAUAUAGCUUGGUGACUUUAAGCAUGGUUGACAGUGAGGACAUACCAACUUCUGGAGCCACUGGUCGCUUAGUAAACAGCAUGCAGCCUCUGUCCAGGAGAACAAUGUCUAUUAAAGGUGAAAAUCACUUUAGUGGACCAGCUACUGCAGAUGGGAUAACAAAAACUAGUUCUGUUGGAUGUUCUUCAUUUGAUGGCCCAGACGAUGAUAGUAGCUUAGGUGGUGGGUGUGGUCGGAAGGAUUCCAAAAGUUUCUCUUGUGAAAUUCCGAUUUUCCUUUCUUGCGCUACACCAGACGAGUUCCUUGAAUCAAUGAGGAAGGCAGAUGCUCCCCUCAAUGUGAAAUACUUAAGAACAUUGGUGCAAUGCUUAUCCAUGCUUCGAAAGGUUGCAGCUGCUGGAGCUGUGAUAUGGAAUGAUGGCUUAUUGGCUUUUGUGAACAACUUCUUGAAGGAGCACUUCUUGCCAGCAAUAUUUGUAGACUAUAGAAAAUGUGUUCAGCAGGCUAUAUCUAGUCCAGCAGCAUUUAGACCACGUGUAAAUGCAACCUCAGUAUAUAGCUCACUAGUGGAGAAUGGCCGCCCUGUACUACAAGGGCUUCUGGCUGUUGAUAUAAUUGCCAAAGAGGUUCUUGGUUGGGUUCAAUUGAUGCCGGUCUAUGCUGCUGAGCUUGUCGAGUAUGUUCGCACCUUUCUGGAACGUACACAUGAAAGAUGCCGGGCAUCAUAUAUGGAGGCUGUUCUUGAGAAACAAAGUUAUAUUCUCCUCUCACGGAGUGAUGUUGAAAGUUUAAUGCGUCUGGACCCUGCAAAUGCUUCUUUGCAAAAGUCUUUUGGUCAACUUGAUAACGACAUUCCAGAUGCAGGAAUUGAAGUGGAGAUUGAACUAAGUGAUCUCCUAUUGGAUAUGUGCCCGAUAAAACAGGAAAACUUGAUCCAUGAUGACCAGAAAUUGAUAUUGCUGGCAUCUCUUAGCGACUCCUUGGAAUAUUUAGCAGAUUCAGUUGAAAGGCUUGGUGAGUCAUUUAUAAGUCCAUCCACCAUCUCAGAAAACAAAAGUGACAUACACCAAAGUCACCAUACUCGCACAUCUAGUGCAAUUCCGAAAAGCCUUGCAUCUCUUGCUAAUGAGUACAGAAGGCUAGCAACCGAUUGUGUUAGAGUCUUGAGAUUGGAAAUGCAGUUGGAGACAAUAUAUCACAUGCAGGACAUGACAAAAAGAGAAUAUGUAGAAGAUCAAGACGCUGAAGAUCCUGAUGACUUCAUCAUCUCUCUUACAACUCAGAUUGCACGUAGGGAUGAAGAAAUGGCUCCUUACAUCCCAGAAUCGAAAAGGAACUAUGUAUUUGGUGGGAUUUCUAGUGUUGCUGCUAAUGCAUCAAUAAAGGCACUCGCACUAAUGAAGUCCAUCAACCUGUUGGGAGUUCAACAAAUAUGCAGAAACUCGAUAGCACUAGAACAGGCACUUGCAGCCAUACCUUCCAUUGAUAGUGAGGCAGUCCAACAGAGAUUAGAUCGUGUUCGGACAUUCUAUGAGCUACUAAACCUGCCUUUCGAGUCUUUGCUUGGGUUCGUUGCUGAACAGGAAUAUAUUUUUUCUGCAAAAGAAUACUUGAGCAUACUAAAGGUCAAUGUACCUGGUAGAGAGAUACCAAUGGAUGCUGAACGCCGUAUCUCACAGAUUUUGAGUCAUUAAGUUGAAUUGGGCAAGAUGAUUUUAGCCAUAACUGGUGGCAGAUGUCUCACUGUAUCUUUCUCGGCUAUCUUUGUAGCUGUAGUUAAUUUUGUUAUUUCUGUUUGGUUUUUUUCUUUUGAUGUCUACAGUGUAGGUAAUGUGUUAUUUGUUGUCUCAUUCACUGUAAAUUUGUAGUGCUUUGACUGGAACGCUCAUUCUUGAUCGUUGUAAAUGUGUAAUCUUUUGGACGUAAUUUUAAUAAAAUUCCCAGAUUCAUGUGUUCCGUUA